AUGGCUGGCCAGCCGCUGCUCCGCCUGCUGCCCAGUCGCCAGGCGGUGACUCGCAGCGAGGACGUGCCCGACGCCCGCUUCACGCUCUCCGUGAUGCAGUGGGGCCAGUUCGUCGACCACGACCUGAUGCUGACGCCGCACUUCUCGCUGGACGGCGGCGCCGGCAUCGCCUGCUGCACGGACGCCUGCAUGGACUUCGUGCGCUCGCUGCCGGCGCCGGCGCCGACGUGCGGCGCGACGCGCGACGCGCAGCAGCAGAACGUCCUCUCCCACUUCCUGGACGGCUCGAACGUGUACGGUUCGGAAGAGGCGCACCAGCGCCACCUGCGCCAGCUGGGCGGCGGCUGGCUGCGUACUCAGCCGGGCAGCCUGCUGCCGGCCGACUCCCAGGGCGGCGGCUGCAUCAACGCCAUCACCGUCUGCUUCGAGGCGGGCGAUGUGCGCGUCAACGAGCAGAUCAGCCUGACGGUGACGCACACCAUCUGGAUGCGCCAGCACAACCGCGUGGCGUCGGCGCUGGCGGCGCGGCACACAACCUGGGACGACGAGCGGCUCUUCCAGGAGGCGCGGCGCAUUGUCGUCGCCCAGAUGCAGCACAUCACCUACAACGAAUGGCUGCCGACGCUGCUCGACGCCGACUUCCUAACCCGCAACGAGUUGCUGCCGGGCACCGGCACUGCCCACUCGGAGAAGUACAUGUCGACGCUGAACCCGUCCAUCAGCAACGAGUUCGCCACGGCCGCGUUCCGCUUCGGCCACAGCAUGGUGUCCGGCACGCUCAAAAUGUUCAGCGCGCUGGGCGGCAGCGCGACCAGCGUACUGCUGCGCGACUUCUUCUUCGAUCCGCACCUGCUCUACUCGUCUGAGCGGCUCAACGAGCUGGCACGAGGCCUGGUCGCGCAGCAGGCGCAGGCGCUGGACGGCUACUUCGCCGAGGACCUCACCGAACACCUGUUCCAGGGCGACGGCGACGCGUACGGGCUCGACCUGGUGGCGCUUAAUAUCCAGCGCGGCCGCGACCACGGCCUGGCCACGUACAACGACGCGCGUGCCGCGGCCGGUCUGCCGCGCGCCCAGCGCUGGGAGGACCUGAGCUCCGACCUGCCCGAUGAGGCGAUCACCGUCCUGCGCGCCGCCUACGGACACGUCGACGACGUGGACAUGUUCGUUGGCGGCGUCCUGGAGCGGCCGCUGCCGGGCGUGGCGCUGGGCCGCACCUUCGGCCGUCUCAUUGGUGACCAGUUCAUCCGACUGCGCCACGGCGACAACUUCUUCUACGACCUGGGCGGCGACCGGCCGUGGCAGCUGACCGGGGCGCAGCUGGCUCAGGUGCGCCGCACCAGCUGGGCGCGCGUGCUCUGCGACAACGUGGACGGCAUCACGCGCGUUCAGCCGCUGGCCUUCCGCGUGGCCGACACCGCCGCCAACGCCGUCACCGACUGCGACAGCCGGGCCAUCCCGACCGUCGACCUCAGCCAGUGGUAGCGCCGCCGCCAACGCAGCGCGACGCUGGCCGGACGCCGCCCGUGACAGCCGCGGCACGCGCCGCUCUGCUCGGUGCCAUUUUCGGCUCGUCGUCCGCAGGGCAGACGACAUUGUUCCGAAGCGCAAGCCUAAGUUUUCGGGGUACGGACAUGUGCGUGGAUUGUGCAUGCGUUCUGACUUAACAGCCCACGGGCAUUGUCUUCGACUUUGGGGAUUUUAAUUUGACUUUCUGUGGCAAGUUUGCACCCGACAUAAUUUCAUUCACACGUGAUAAGACAACCACAAAGACUCCUGACACUCCAGCUAAAAUUACAGUAGAAAGUAUGAGUGAAAAUGUGGAUGUAAAAGAUGCUACUAAAUGGUACUAACAAUAAAUGGCACGACUGGGA